GGUUUGGCACUAACCUGGGCUUCUAGGGACAUUUCUUCCAGUCAGGAAAGGUUCUGAUAUUAAUCAGAAAUACCUCCAGAAGAUCAACUUUAGCAGUGAAACAAGCCUGUGAAGAACCAGCAUGGGAAUUCUAUACUCCGAGCCCAUCUGCCAGGCAGCCUAUCAGAAUGAUUUUGGUCAAGUGUGGCGCUGGGCAAAGGAAGACAUCAACUAUAUUAACAUCCAAGAUAGCUUUAAUGGAGACACUCCCCUGAUCUGCGCUUGCAGGCGUGGACAUUUGAGAAUUGUCUCCUUCCUUUUAAGAAGAAACGCUAAUGUGAACCUCAAAAACCAGAAAGAGAGAACCUGCUUGCAUUAUGCUGUGAAGAAAAGAUUUACUUUCUUUGAUUACCUGCUCAUCAUCCUCUUAAUGCCUGUUCUGCUUAUUGGGUAUUUCCUCAUGGUAUCAAAGACAAAGCAGAAUGAAGCUCUUGUACGAAUGAUACUUGAUGCUGGCAUCGAAGUUAAUGCUACAGACUGUACUGAUAUGUCGCAAGUAGAUGUUAACUUGGCUCCCUCUCGCUUUCUGUUUGUACGAUCAGUAGUUGUCUACAUUCACAUACAUGUGAAGCGAUAUUCUUAA